UGCUACAGACAGGAGCACUUCCUUAAGCUUGGGGGCGGUGUUUUUGAAGAUAUGUUAAUAUAGCUGGCAGUGUUGUGAGUGCAGACACACCGUCCUUCUGUCCUUCCCUUACCCCGGUCCCAGGGACUGCUGCUCCUGUCUUCUAGGCAAUCAGCACAGACUCAGACAGCUAAGGAUCAAUGGACUCGGUUUGUUGUGUGGAUUGACAGCAGGGCAGACAUGCUUCAGGUUCUGCUACUAUAAUGGAGAUAAAGGAUUCGGGUAAAGUGGUUCUCACUGGAUACCAUUCUUACACGCCUUCCAGAUCAUCAGUAGAGGAGCAGAGCUUUGUGCUAGAUAUGCCUUCCAGUCGAUCUCCUCUGAUCAGGAAAUCUCACUCCAGAAGAAUUAACAGAAUGCUCUCAAAUGAAUCCUUACAAACACCCUUAUUCAACCGUUCUAUCUCCGAAACCUCCAUGGACAACUCAUCCAUGGAAGACUUUUGGUGUGAACUGAAACACAUUAAAGAGAGCAGUGAUUAUGGGCCAGAAGAAAGCAUGAUGGUGGAGAUGAAGCCAGCAGAUGAAGGAGAGCUGGAGGCAGAAUGGCUGCAAAACGUUGGCUUGUCCAACCUCAUCUCUGGCACUCAGGAACAUGAUGGACAGGCCCUGUUGUCCACAUUGACACGAAGACAAGCAGCUGCUGUGCAAAAAAGAUACAACACCUAUACUCAGACAUUAAGGAAGAAAAACAAACAUUCAGUGAGGGAUGUACGUGAUAUUUUUGGGGUUAAUGACUCCUCGCCACCAUUUGAGCCCUUACCCACAUCCCCUCUUGCAUCAAAUGGUGUUCAGCUUCCGAUAAUCAAAAAGCCCAUUUGGAAAUCUGUCACUUCUAAUAUAUGUACAUUUGAAAAACCCUGUCCCUCUGUUGCUGAAGAGCUUUCUUUCGAGGUAUCCUUCUCAGAAAGCGUUGUGGUGACGGAUAAUGAAACAGAAAAGCAAAGGAUUCAAAAAAUGAAAAAAGAAGAUUGCAUCUUGCCAAAAUUUAUUGUUUGGAAAAGUCGGUUUGGGCUAACAGAAGUUGGGGAUUUGUCUCUUGAAGACAUGAAGAAAAUCCGUUAUCUGUCUCUCAUUGAAUUAACAGCAUUUUAUGAUGCUUUGGGAAUUGAACUAAAGAGAAACCGGGCAGUAAGGCUUAAAGGAAAAGAAAAUGGUCUGUUUGGCAUUCCCCUAACAACAUUGUUGGAGAAUGAUCAAAAAAGAACACCAGCAACAAAAGUUCCUUUGAUUUUUCAGAAACUUUUACAAAGGCUUGAAGAGACAGGCCUAGAAACGGAAGGUAUUCUACGUGUACCAGGAUCUGCAUCGAGGGUUAAGAGCCUACGAGAGGAGCUUGAAUUAAAAUUUUAUGACAAUACAUUUGACUGGAAUAAAGUGCGCAGUAAUGAUGCUGCAGGUCUUCUCAAGAUGUUUAUUAGAGAGUUGCCCACGCCUCUGUUUACAAUGGAGUACCUCCCAGCCUUUAUCGCUUUGGCAGAAAAAAUCUCCAAGAUCAAAUUGCAGCUACAGGCUCUUCAUCUAUUAAUCAUGUUACUGCCAGAUGCCAACAGAGAUAUUGCCAAGGCAUUGCUACACUUUCUGAAAAAGGUGGUAUCCAAUGAAGAGAAGAAUAAGAUGAGUUUGUGGAAUGUAUCGAUGAUAAUGGCACCCAACCUUUUUAUCUACAAGGGCAAAAGUGCAAACCAGGAGGAAAUGAAGGCAGCUGCCUCCACGGCUCAUAUUGUUAGACUUCUAAUUAGGUACCAAGACAUCUUGUGGACGGUUCCAUCCUUUUUAAUUUCUCAAGUUCGUAAAAUGAAUGACGCAGCUUUGAGUAAUAACAAAAAGCAGCUAAUUUUCGAUAAAAGUGUAAGGAAGCUGUUACGGAGGAAGACAAUGGAAAGAGAAAGACCUGAAAGACGUGAGCACUGUGAUGUACCUGAAGGAGUGAUAAGAGUUUACGCUCCAUUGCACUCAAAGGUUUCCAUGGCGAUCCAGCUGAACAGUCGGACGAAAGCCAAAGACAUCUUGGCAAGGUUUCAGUGCGAAAACAGUAACGGAACACCAGACAGUGACAGAAUAAACAACCAAAGUUUAUAUGAAAUAGGAGGAAAUAUAGGAGAGCAUUGCCUGGAUCCAGAUACCUAUAUGUUGGAUGUGUACAAUGUGAACCCUCGCGCAGAAUGGAUUUUAAAGCCAAAAAACAGCUGAAAAUGUGAAGGUGAUUUGAAGGACAUAUUUUACAAAUGCAGUAGACUGCGCCAAUGGAAUGCAGAAGACUCUGAGCAAUAGGAACAAUAAUGAUGGAGACUCGGCUCAAGACUUUGAAAAGAAA